AGAUUAAACAACACAACAGAAAACUCUGCUAGCCUUUAUUAUUAUUAUAUUAUUAUUUUUUGGAAGAGAACAGAGGCUGGCCCACAAAACUCAGCCCAAACAGAGUUCUCUUUCUGAAACCGUUCUGAAAAAGCCAGUAAAGGACUCCUACUUAGGAUGACUUCGAUCUUGGGAUUCGUUUCCCUACAAAGAUCCUCUUAAUCCCAUCACCAUAUUUUUUCUCCCUUAAAAAAUUCACAAGGCCAGGGUUGUGUGAUUGUGAAACAAUAAACAAAUUCAUGGGCGAAGAGAGACCCUACAAAUCUACUAUUUUUCUAUCAUGGCAACAUUAUGGUGGGUUUGGGUUGGUUUUGGAUGCGGGUGGUAAAAGCAGAAUUUGUUAAAAUAUCAACAUUUUCGUAAACUCAUGUGGCGGCUUGUAGUAUAUGUACCAGGCAAAGGACGAUCAUUACUUUCUGUUGCUCCUGGUCCUUCAUAAGUACUUCGUAGAGAAGGUUGGUUUCAUGGUAGCUUUAUGUUGGCUUAUUGAGAGAACAAGUCUGAGAUAAAAAGGAGCUUCAACUUACUCUCCAAAUCACCACCGUCGCCGUCCAGAAGUAGCUUCCACCGGCCACCGACCACCGCAGGCGCCACAACCACCACCAACCCUACUUUGAUGCGUUUCCCACAUACCUAACACAAAUUAUUCCACUCUUCCAUUACGUAGCCUUUGGAUUCUGUUGCGUGAUGAAACAACUCAACAAGCCAACCAUAUCCCUUGCAGCAAAUAUUCCAGCAACAUAAGAAACCUGAAGCAGUAUAAGUAACCGGUGAGAAAGCAAUUUGAUCAAUUGAGAAGAACUUUAGCAAUUGUUGAAGAGCUUUAUUAUAUAAUUAAUUUGAUGGCUCGACAACCUUGUGAUGACAAAUCAUCAUCUGGAUUCUGCUACUCUGAUGUGUCAUCGGGAAAUCCAACGAUGUUGGUGAAUCAGAUCCAAGGCUUUGUGUCAGACCCGGAGAUGUACAACCUAACCACAGGCAUGGAAAUGAUAGGGUUUCCAAAGAGUGACACCAACGCUGUCAUGUGGAGAAGUUUCAUCCCCAAACCGGGUCCUUCCUCUUCCAAAACCAUCAACGAUAAUUCCACAACUUUCUACCACCACGACUACAACAACAAGCAUGCAGAUUUCACACCAGCUGGGAAUAUUUCUCAAACAAGUGCCGAUAAUCUAAUCGUGGGAAGUCAUGAUUCAGCCUCGUGGCAAGACAACAUCAACAACAACAAUAACAGCAGCAGGUUUGAUGAUUCUUCUCUAAGGUGUGUGUUUCCUUGUGAAACCAACGAAAGGCCUAGCCAAGGUCUUUCACUCUCUCUUAGUUCAACCAACCCUUCCUCUAUCGGGUUGCAAUCUUUUGAGCUAAGACAAACAGGCCAACAUCUUGAUUUUGUUUCGUCGAGUUCCAGAGAUGGGUUCUUUGGAAAACCAGUUUCUCUUCAACAGCAACAGAUGGUAUCACAAGAUGGGUAUGUGAGUUCUAAUUCUAAAGUUGCAAGCGUUUAUCAACAAGGACAUUUCCUGGUGAAGAACUCCAAGUUCUUGGUGCCUGCACAAGACCUUCUCAACGAGUUUUGUAGCCUUGACGCAAAGCAAAGCGACUUGGGAAAGCCAACAAAAUCGUUGAAUAAGAAGCAGUGGGAAGAGGAAAAUAACGGUAUCGGUUCCUCGAAGAAGCAUUCUCUGACCUCUCUAGAGUUCGUGGAGUUGCAGAAGAGAAAGACAAAGCUGCUUUCGAUGCUGGAAGAGGUUGACAGAAGGUACAAGCACUACCGCAAUCAGAUGAAGAGCGUGGUGUCGUCGUUCGAAGCGGUGGCGGGGAAUGGUGCUGCCACGGUGUACUCAGCUUUGGCGUUGAAAGCCAUGUCGAGACAUUUCAGGUGUUUGAAGGAUGGGAUUAUGGCGCAGAUUCAAGCAACAAGAAAAGCCAUGGGAGAGAAAGACCCAGUUGCACCAGGCACAACAAGGGGCGAAACGCCAAGGCUCAAAGUUAUUGACCAAACACUGAGGCAACAAAGGGCGUUUCAGCAAAUGAGCAUGAUGGAAACCCAUCCUUGGAGACCCCAACGUGGCCUUCCUGAGCGAGCUGUUUCAGUUCUUCGGGCUUGGCUCUUUGAGCAUUUUCUCCAUCCGUACCCAAGCGAUGUUGAUAAACAUAUUUUAGCACGCCAAACCGGUCUCUCGAGAGGACAGGUUUCGAAUUGGUUUAUUAAUGCAAGGGUGAGACUAUGGAAGCCAAUGGUGGAGGAAAUGUACUUGGAGGAAGUGAAGGACCCUGAAAACAACAUAGCUUCCUCAGAAGGGGCUACUGAUCAAGACAAUGAUAUAAACCCAAAUAAUGUUGAAUACCCUCCACCUCCUUCUUCAUCACGAUCAGAGGAUCAGAAGCCAUCUCUGGUUCGAAUUGACUCCGAGUGUGCAUCCUCCAUCAUCAACAACCACAGUACCCCAGAUAACAAAAACGACCCAAAGGGCCACGAACAGUGCUUUGGGUCAGUGGAGCUUGAUUUUUCAUCAUACACACACCACUCCUCGGGUAUAGUUUCUUACGGAAGUAAUGAUCAGAAUGGGAACAACAACCAGAGUGGGGUGUCUUUGACGCUAGGGUUACAGCAACAUGGGGUGAGCCUAGCGUUCCCGCCAGCAACACAGAGUUCACUGUACUAUCCAAGGGACCAAAUUGAAGAUUGUCAACCAGUUCAGUACUCUCUUUUCGAUGGUGAAGGACAAAACCUGCCUUACAGGAAUUUGAUGGGAGCACAGCUUCUACAUGACUUGGCAGGGUAG